AUGCCAAGAGGACCGCCACUUAGCGACAUCGAGAAGGGCCAGAUCCUGGCCUUGCACUAUCAACUAACGUCCUUACGGGAUAUAUCUAAGGAGUUGGGAAGAUCCGUAGGAGCCAUACAGCGCUUUUUAAAGAAUCCGAGUCGUACCUCUCGUGCUCGUGCGCAUGUAACUGGUGAAAAGCUCACCGUUCGCCAAGAGAAAGCCAUGAUCCGAAAGGCAUCCACAGGAAACUUUUCAGCUCAAGAUCUAAAGGACCUCGGACUACCUGUAGGAGCGCGCAGAAUUCAACAAAAUUUAAGCGCAACUCCACACCUGAAGUAUACAAAAAUGACAACCGCACCCAUGAUGACUGCUCUACACCGCGAAAAUAGAGUGAAAUGGGUACGUCGCAUUAUUGGCAAAGGAGAUCAUUUUUGGAACAAGGUAAUUUUUAGUGACGAAAAGAAGUUCAACCUCGACGGCCCUGACGUAAACGCAUGCUAUUGGCAUGAUCUACGGAAAGAUGAAAGGUUUUUUUCAAAAAGACAAAAUGGAGGAGCAUCAGUCAUGGUUUGGGGAGGUAUUUCCCCGUACGGGGUGUCCCCGAUGGUCUUUUUAAAUGGAAAUCAAGACUCUCGCAAGUACUGUGCAACACUCGACCAAGCUUUACUUCCCUUCGCAGCGGAGAUGUAUGGCGAAAUGGCAAUUGGGUUUACCAGCAAGAUAGGCCUCUAUCCAUAG